AUGAAGCCCAGGAAUUGGAGCCAGGUAACAGAGUUCAUCAUCUUGGACUUUCCCCAUCUUCAGGGUGUUCAGGCUUAUCUCUUUCUUUUGUUACUCCUAAUCUACCUCACUACUAUACUGGGCAACCUGGUGAUAUUCCUGGUGGUCUGCCUGAACUCCUGGCUCCACACACCCAUGUACCUCUUUGUCAGCAUUCUCUCCUUACUGGAGCUUGACUACACAGUUGCCACCAACCCCAAGAUGCUGUUGAACUUGUUCAGUGAGAAGACCAUUUCUUUCUCUGGGUGCCUUCUGCAAAUCUAUUUCUUCCACUCUCUUGGGGCUACUGAGUGCUAUCUCCUCACAGCUAUGGCUUAUGACAGGUACUUAGCUAUCUGUCAGCCUCUCCACUACCCUACCAGCAUGACCCCAGCACUCUGUGUCAAGAUUGCUGUUGGCUGUUGGUUAGGAGGCUUGGCUGGGCCACUGACUGAAAUUUCCUUGGUCUCCCACCUCCCUUUUUGUGCCCCCAAUCACAUUCAGCACAUCUUUUGCGAUUUCCCUCUUGUGCUGAGCUUGGCUUGUACGGACACAUCGAUCAAUGUCCUAGUGUACUUUGUUAUCAACUCCUGCAAGAUCCUGGCUGCCUUUCUGUUGAUCCUCAGCCCCUAUGUGCUGAUCAUCUGCACUGUGCUCAGAAUUCCUCCAGCUGCAGGUAAGAGGAAGGCCUUCUUCAUACGUGCCUCCCACCUCACCGUGGUCCUCAUUGUCUAUGGAAGAAUCCUCUUCAUGUAUGUGUGACUGAAGAAGAGCUACUUGCUGGACUAUGACCAGGCCCUGUCGGUGUUCUACUCGGUGCUCACACCCUUCCUCAACCCCUUUAUCUAGCUUCACAACAAGGAGAUCAAGGAGGCUGUGAGGAGGCAGUUAAAGAGGACGGGGAUGCUGGAGUGA